UUGAUUACGAGCUGAUUAUGCAAGGCAGUGCACUGGCCGUGUGCAGCACAUGCGGUCUCCCCAGUGACUUACCUACCUAGUCUCGCCGCGCGCCGGCUGCCAUCAGUGUCAUUGGAAUAUCCUUGCGAGCUGAUCGUCAACUGAUCAUAGGAUCAGUGCAAGUGAACACCGUGCCGCUCCAAGUUCGACCAGGAUCGCGUUCGUUGGACGUUUUGUGCUUGUUUCUGUUCGUUCUGUGUCGUGAAAAUGGGGUUUUUCACGCGAUCGAUAGUCUACAGUGUCGUGUUCGCUAUCUUCGCUGCGGUUCUCGUCAACAUUCCCAACCUGCCCCCCGACUCGACUUUUGAAGAGUUCCGAUUUGCACCUGUGCCAGCGUUGGAGGGGCCGCUUGCUUUGAACGAUGCACUGAACAAUGCGGAACACCUCUUCGUUGGCGAGGCUAUUGCCCCUGAGGGUCUCGCAAUCCAUAAAAACGUUCUUUACACUGGACUCGCAGAUGGCCGAAUCGUAGCCCUGAAAAACAAUAAGUUGGUGACCGUCGCAUCCUUGGCCAAAUCAUGCGAAAAGCACGAAGACGGACACUGUGGUCAUAUCUUGGGGUUGGAGUUCGACAAAGCAGGAAACUUGUUCGUCGUUGAUUGUUACACCGGCAUCUACAAAGUAAACAUCACGACAGGUGCCGUUUCUCUGGCGAUCCCGGCAAAUAAACCUAUCGAUGGUGAAGUGCCUCAACUGCCAGAUGACGUCGACAUCGGUUCGGAUGGCUCGAUUUACUGGAGCGAUGCAUCGGCCAAAUUUCCUCUCCACAAGUUCGUUCUAUCCAUCCUCGGAGAUACUUCUGGCAGGUUGAUAAGGACGAAUUUGAAAACUGGUAAAAGCGAAGUUUUAGUCAAAGGCCUGCGCUUUGCGAACGGAGUUUUCUUGGCAGAUGAUGAGUCCUACGUAGCUGUAGCAGAAACGUUUGCCAGCCGUGUUCAUAGGUAUUGGUUGAAAGGACCGAAGAAGGGUACAGCUGAAAUCUUUAUCGACAAUCUGCCAGGAUACCCUGACAAUAUCUCACCGUACAAAAAUGGAGGUUUCGUUGUUAACGCGCUCAUUUCCAGAGAAUCCCCGGACAUGAUUGGAGCGCUAGCUCCCUUUCCAAACGUCCGGAAAUUCUUCGCACGGGUCAUAGCUCUCAGCGAAAUAGCUUUGCAGAAAAUGUACGAUGCCUACCCAAAUUCUGCUGUACAAUUUGCUCUCUACCACUUGCAGCAUUUGGACGCAGCUUUGGUUUUCAUUCAAAACCAUCCCUGUUAAAAAUGUCCCAUGUGCAAUAUCCAGAAAAAUUCCCACGGGGGCACAUGGUAUUUUGGGACGCGAAUUACUCCGGGGUGCACAUGGGAAUGGAGUCUCCCCAUGGGGGCCCAUGGGAAUGGGGUCUCCCCAUGGGGGCCCAUGGGAACGGGGCCUCCCCAUGGGGGCCCAAGGGAACGAGGUCUCCCCAUGGGAGCACAUGGGAAUGACGUCCCAUGGGGGCACAUGAUAUUCAGGCCUGUGAAAAACCACGGUUCCCCGUAGAGAGGACAAAUCUGAUGGGGAAUCAUGAGAGGUGCGAUUCCCACUGAGGCCAAUUUACGAUGUGCCCCUAUGGACAUUUGGACGUACUUCUGCCAAACAAAACUAAGUGCAUUAUGACGUGAGCUCUGUUAUGCAUAAAGUCUUAUGAGUCUCAGGGCUUAUGUCUUAAUGCACAUAGUUCCUUUUGGCAGAAAUACGUCAAAUUUUUUUAUAAGUUUAAAAUGAAAGGAAUUAUUGAAAUGUCUAUGAAAUUUAUUAAAAAAGUACGGUCUUCUGUGAAUUUGCAUGCAAAAGGAAAAUAUAAUGGGCAUGACUCACCAAAUUCAACUGAUCCUUCAUCAAAAAUAAAACCUGAAGAAAAACACCAAA